GUGUGAUAGGGACGACGUCGAAAGCACACCACUGGUGGGCCGCGAAGACGAGGGCUUAUUUCAUCUUCCGGCAUUCGAAGAUGCAACGGAGCAGUUAGUGAAAAGCCAAAACAUCUACUUUUCGCCGCACCGGUUAGAAUCUGUGGGAACAGCGUUGGGCCACGCUCUGGCAUCGUUCCUGCAAUGCACGGAUGUUGAUCAACAGUACGAGCGAGGAACGACAAAGGAAGGGAAAAAAGUAGAUGCUCCGCAGGUGCGAAUGUUGGCAGAGAAGCGGCUGGAGGAAGCGAAGUUGGUGGUUGGGGGGAGCAAUAACAACGACCGAAACGACGAGAACUACGGCCAUCUCGGAGUCGUACACGACCACGAUCGCAAAGUAGAAGUCGUCUCAAAAAAACACGACGUCUGGGCGAGCUGCGAGGAGAAACUGCAAGACGCGUGGAAUGCUGCGCUCGAGGACUACUUUCUGACUCUUCCCGCCGAC